CCGCCGGAGCAUGGCGGCGCUGGCGCGGUGGGCGCGAGCCCCGCUGCCGGCGCUGCGGCCGAGCGCGGCGCGUUGGUGUCGGGCGCUAUGUGGGGCCGCCGAGCCGCCGCCGCCGCCGCCUCCCCCGCCGCCUCCCCGCGCCAGGGGCCGGGCGCUGGCGGCGGCGGCGCUUGGCGCCGGGGCGGCGGCGCUGGUGCUGCUGUGGGCCCGGGAGGGCGAGGUCCGGCGGCCCGCGCUGCCCGCGCUGCGCGCCGCCGUGCCCGCGCCGCCGCCGCCCGCGUCGCCCCGCGCCGCCUUCAACUUCAUCGCCGACGUGGUGGAGAAGACGGCGCCCGCGCUCGUCUACGUGGAGAUCGUGGGCAGGCACCCCUUUUCGGGCCGCGACGUGCCCAUCUCUAAUGGCUCGGGCUUCCUGGUGUCACCGGAUGGGCUCAUUGUGACUAAUGCGCAUGUGGUGGCGAACCGGCGGCGUGUGCGAGUGAAGCUGGCCAGUGGAGAACAGUACGAUGCUGUGGUGCAGGAUGUGGACCAGGUUGCAGACAUUGCUACCAUCAAGAUCAAACCUAAGCACCCGCUGCCCACCCUACCCCUUGGGCGCUCCUCUGAGGUGCGACAAGGGGAGUUUGUUGUGGCCAUGGGCAGCCCAUUCGCCUUGCAGAACACCAUCACCUCUGGCAUCGUCAGCUCUGCCCAGCGGGGCAGCCGGGAGCUGGGCCUGACCACGUCUGACAUGGAGUACAUCCAGACCGAUGCUGCUAUCGAUUUCGGGAAUUCCGGGGGCCCCCUUGUCAACUUGGAUGGUGAGGUGAUUGGGGUGAACACUAUGAAGGUGACAUCAGGCAUCUCUUUUGCCAUCCCCUCAGACCGACUGCGGAAGUUCCUGCAAAAGGAGGAACAACGCAAAAGCUCUUGGUUUGGCAAUGCAGAGACAAAGCGCCGUUACAUAGGGGUGAUGAUGUUGACUCUUACACCAAGCAUCCUGGCUGAGCUGAAGCUGCGUGACCCCAGCUUCCCCGAUGUCUCCUAUGGAGUGCUGAUCCACAAGGUGAUCAUUGGCUCCCCGGCCCAUCAGGCAGGGCUGAAGGCAGGUGAUGUUGUGCUGGAGAUCAACGGGCAAGCUUCACGCCGUGCAGAGGAUGUGUACGAAGCGGUACGGACACAGCAAAACCUGGCCUUACUGGUGCGACGAGGCUAUGACACUCUGUUGGUGAGUGUUGUCCCUGAGGUCACGGAGUAGUGGGGCUGUGACGCAAGGCACUGCAGGUGCCAGCUGGCAGUGCUGGCCACAAGCCAAGGGCGCAGGACCAUACGCAACAUCUGUGAGCUGAUCGAGGAGGAGAGACUGAGAGCUUCAGAGGGACUGGAAGGGGCCAGGCAGAGGGGCGCAAUCUCCUUACUCAAAUAAAGCACUUUUCUAGGUA